GGGAUCGAACCCAGGACCUUCUUGCUGUGAGGCGACAGUGCUACCCACUAAGCCACUUAGCCCAGUUAAUGUAUGGAUGAGUGAAUGUAUGGAUGAGUGAAUGUAUGGAUGAGUUAAUGUAUGGAUGAGUUAAUGUAUGGAUGAGUUAAUGUAUGGAUGGGUGAAUGUAUGGAUGAGUUAAUAUAUGGAUGAGUUAAUGUAUGGAUGAGUGAAUGUAUGGAUGAGUUAAUGUAUGGAUGAGUUAAUGUAUGGAUGGGUUAAUGUAUGGAUGAGUUAAUGUAUGGAUGGGUGAAUGUAUGGAUGGGUGAAUGUAUGGAUGAGUUAUUGUAUGGAUGAGUUAAUGUAUGGAUGGGUGAAUGUAUGGAUGAGUUAUUGUAUGGAUGAGUUAAUGUAUGGAUGGGUGAAUGUAUGGAUGAGUUAUUGUAUGGAUGAGUUAUUGUAUGGAUGAGUUAAUGUAUGGAUGAGUGAAUGUAUGGAUGAGUUAAUGUAUGGAUGAGUUAAUGUAUGGCUGGGUGAAUGUAUGGAUGGGUGAAUGUAUGGAUGAGUUAAUAUAUGGAUGAGUUAAUGUAUGGAUGAGUGAAUGUAUGGAUGAGUUAAUGUAUGGAUGAGUUAAUGUAUGGAUGGGUUAAUGUAUGGAUGAGUUAAUGUAUGGAUGGGUGAAUGUAUGGAUGGGUGAAUGUAUGGAUGAGUUAUUGUAUGGAUGAGUUAAUGUAUGGAUGGGUGAAUGUAUGGAUGAGUUAUUGUAUGGAUGAGUUAAUGUAUGGAUGAGUGAAUGUAUAAAUUAAUAAAUGUAUGAAUGAGUGAAUGUGAGCGAGUGAUUCUGUACCAUUUUACUUAAUCAUACGCUAAUAAUAAACUAACGCUUUGUUCAUCAUUAGCAGCAGGGGGCGCUGUGUUAAAAGCUGGCCCACAAAGUCGAAACAGGGAAGAAGCGCUAAGGUUGCGUCUCAAAUUACUUAUUACUAUUAAUAUAGUGCACUAGAAAAUGUCUAUAAGUCUUUUUACUAAUCCUGCGUAGGGCACUUAUACAGGGAGCAAGUGUGUAUUUGGGAUUGGACCUGUAACGCUUGUAGAUGGAUGUUAGUGUGAAUUGAAACGCUAUGGUGCUAAACAGUAAACAGAGCGGAGUUUAAUAGAAGCUUUCUGUGGUUCUCGGUGUGACUGGAUCGUUUUAAUCAGAUUAGAAGAUGAAGUCGGAUGUGGAGGAGUUAAUGCCCAGAUUGUUACCGGUGGAAGUGUGUGAUGAAGAGGAAGAGUUUAGUUUAAACGAGCCACCCAGAAACCCACGGGAGUAUCUGCGACAUGUUCAACGGGAAGCGUCACUCUGCCCGGACGUGGUGGUGGCUCAGAUCGACCCCAAGAAGCUGAAGAAAAACCAAACCGUAAACGUUUCUGUUACAGGGUGUUGUGCUGCACCGCAGGGUUUCUCUCCCAGCCUGAAGUGGCAACAGCAACAAGUCAGUAACUUCUCUCAGAUCAGACAGAGUGUGAUGAAGCACCGGCAGCACUGGAAGGAUCAGUUCCUGGAUGAUAACGUUGUGCUGCCCAGAGCGGAUGAUGAAGAGGGGUGGAGGAGGUUCUGUCUGGGUGAGACUGUUUAUCUGAACGUUCCACCGGGUGAAGGAGACGCAGAGAGUCCAGGACUGGACUACGUCAAGUUGGGGUUUCCUCCGUUUCUCAGCAUCAUCAGCAAACUCACUCAGUCCACUGUGCUAGACGUACUGGAGCAUCUGAUCAUCUGGUUCGAGGAGAAAGACUUCGUUCCACAGGUGGGCCGGUGGCUGUUCGCAUUACUGGCGUGUUUAGAGAAACCUCUUCUACCUGAAGCUCAUUCACUCAUCAGACAACUGGCACGAAGAUGCUCCACAGUCAGAGCCAACCUGGAGAACAUAGAUGACGAGAGGUUAUCAGCACUCAAUCUGAUCAUCUGUAUCGUAGCAAGGUAUUUUGAUCAAAAUGAUUUGGCUGAUAAAGACUGACGAUGGAACGGAUGAUGACUGCAGAACUUUUGGUGAAAAGUGGGAGACGUGUUCCAUCAUCCAGCAGGAUUUUUGCCACCACGCAUUACCCUAAUUUUGUACAAAAUACAAAAAGUACAAAAAAAUGAAAUAAAUAUUUUAUUUUCUCUUG